AAUAAUAGCGAGAGGCUCUUUUGCUAAGUCUUUUUCAAUGUCAACCUUUCCCCUAAAAAUGCCAAAAAAAACUCAAAACCUUCUUUCAUAUCUUUGCACCCUUUAUGAUAUCUAUCUCUUUUGCUUUCUCCUUUUUUAACACAAAUACUAAAAUUUCUCAAAAACAAAAUGUUAACCAUGGAGUGUAAACCACAACAAAAAGACCAAGAUUCUUCAUUUGAAAAUCUACCACUAUUUUCAAUCCCACACCUAUCACUAAUGGACUCACCACAACAUUCUGGGAUGCUAACUCCACCAAUCUACUCCGCCGUCUCAGUCCCGUUCAGGUGGGAAGAAGAGCCAGGCAAGCCUAGGUUUAGUACCGCCGUUUCCAUCUCAGCCUCCACCUCUCCGAGCCUAGAAUUGCCUCCUAGGCUUUUGGUGCCAAGAUCUGAGUGUAGUUCUUCCUUUAGAUUUGAUGAGAAGAGUUCUUUGUUUAUGAAGAAAAGAGGAUGGUUUGGUUCAUGGAGAAAAAGAGGUUUGAAUUUGAGAGGAAAAAGAGAGCAAAUUGGAAUUGGAGGGCUUGUGUUCCCAUCUUUGGAAUUGGAAGAGAGUCUUGGUUCAAAAGUGGAAGCUUCAAGGUUUAGAAGGAAUGGGAGCUUUUCAAGCUUGAUGAGUAGUACUCAAAUUAAGCCUCAUUUUUGGGAAAGUGUUUGUGAAGGUUUGAAGCAUAUAGUUCCAUCGUGGAGAAGCAGAAAGCUGAAAAGAGAGACUUAGUUUGAUUUUGUGCGUUAUUAGGUGUAGUUUUCAACCCUUUGCAAUAAUGGAAGUUCCAAAGUCUGUUGAUAUGUGCUGCUUUUUGUUAUUGGUACAGUAGGAGUUUAAGAGGCCGAUUCAAACCACUCACCGAGGUUAUUUAGCACAUUCAUAUACCAACCAAGCUGUGCUAGCUAGUUUUAGCAAGAUGUGUUUUAAUUUCUCUCGCUGUGUUUUCAAGCAUUUUCUUGAGAUUGGUCGUGAGAAAAUUUGCCUCUUCAAUUGAAUAUGUUAAAGACUAUUUCCACAACAUAUAAUGGUGAAAAUUCUUAGCUUUUAGCCUUAUCCAUAACA